AUGGUAGAAAAUGAAAAUCUAAUUCUAGAUAAAUUAAAUAUAUGUGAUGCUACUACAAAAGAAUGGAACAAAGUUAAAAAAAUUGAAGAAACUAGAAUUGACAAUAUUAUAAAAGAGUAUUUAGCUACACCCAUUAAAUUAAACGGAUUCAUCAGGUCUACUACUUCAUCUCAAAAAACAAAAAAUCCAGAAAUUACAGGCAGUAGUUCUUUCCAUACUGCAAUACUAACAACAAUUCCUAUAGAAGAAGAAAUUCAGAAUAAUGCAACAGCUCAAAAACAGAUAGCUAGUUCUAAAGAAAUUGCUGAAAAAAAAGUUAAAGAGUUAGAACAAAUAUAUAAUAUUAUCACUGAUUCAUAG